AUGAUUUUUAAAAUAACUGUAUUGUUAUUAAUAGCUACAAUAAGUGAUAUUAUUAAAGCUCAAUUUUUCUGCAAAAAUCGUCACGGAAAGCGUGUUGAUUGGUUUGUCGGAUAUAAACAGCCCAAAAAUAAAUCACAGAUAUAUCCAGGUGCAACAUUUCAUUAUGCUGACCAAGAUUCCACAGAGUGGGGUUCAGCAGAAAACUUGAAAUCACCGAAGAAUGCUAUUGCUAAACCGUUUUAUUUCUUUUACAAUGAUCAGAAACCGAAUAAAGAAAGCAGAAGUCAUGGAAAUCAUGCACAUGCAAAAGGUGUCGCUAUUUUUGGUGACACUUCUGGCUUUUGGCUCAUUCAUAGUGUGCCUAAAUUUCCGUCACUCAAACAUUAUUUUUACGCUCAAAAUGGUGAAAUUUAUGGGCAAUCAUUUAUGUGUGUCACAUUGAAAACGACAUCUAUCGAAAUAUUUGCAGAAGCGAUGAAAUAUAUUUAUCCAGCAGUAUACGGUAUGAAUGUGCCUAAAACUUUUUUGGCUCGUUUUCCAUUCUUGAAUGAUUUGAAGCAAUUGAAAAAGAAAAAUAUUGCUAAUACAUCGUUGAUGAAGAAUUUCAAGUCCAAUGAUGGCAUGAUUUUCUAUAAUUUCGCAAAAAGUGAUAAAUAUAAGAAAGAUCUUUAUUCGGAUAUGAUAGCAAGACAAAUGAAAGUAUCACUUUUCACUGAAACAUGGAUGAACGGUGGUGCGAAAGAUUUAGAUUCGGAUUGUUCAACUGCAUAUAAAGUAAUGAAUGUUAUGGAAUUGAAUGUCGCAGGUAACAAAUUUGCCAAUAAAAAUGAUCAUUCAAAGUGGGCUAUUGCUGAAAACGAAACGAAACCACUUGUAUGUGUUGGUGACAUUAAUAGACAGGAAUCACAAAAAAACGUGGAGGUGGAGCGGUAUGUUUCGAGAGUGUGA